GUGCAUAGCUCCUAUGGGCGGACGCUGAUGCGCUUCCACACUAACCAGCGCCGCUCUCUCCCAAAGCAGGGGGACGGAUUUAUGGUGCUGCUUUACUUAUGUGGACUAUAGAACAACUUUUCGUGCCUUGGCCUAAGCGAAAAAAGACACAAGGACUCAAAGAAAGCAAUGGAAAGUCAAGUAUUUCCAAGAUGACCGAUGGUUUGGUCACCGAAUAAGUUAUUUUUGUCGCACGAGAGGGAAACUCAAAACAAGGCUGUUUUUGGAGUUCCACCUCCCCUCCCUCCGUAGAGUUUGAUUCAAAAGUCGAAAGCCAAGAUGGCCGCCGAUUCCGUGCAGGGUGAUGCCAGGGGCCAGCUGGUGUCGGAGCGGCUGGGCCUGGGCCACAAUCUGGAUCUGUCGGACACCAUGGUGCAGCAGAAGCUGGACGAGAUCAAGGAGCAGAUCCGCCGCGAGAUUCGCAAGGAGCUGAAAAUCAAGGAGGGCGCAGAGAACCUGCGCAAGGUCACCACGGACAAGAAGAGCCUGGCCUACGUGGACAACAUGCUGAAGAAGUCCAAUAAGAAGGUGGAGGAGCUCCACCAGGAGCUCCAGGAGCUCAAUGCCCACAUCGUGGUCAAGGACCCUGAUGAACUGCUAGAGUGCCCUUUGACCCCGGACACCCCGGCCAGCGAGGUAAGGAUGUGCACCAGCAGCAGCCGCCUGGCCGCCCUGAAGAAGCAGAACGACAUUGAGCUAAAGGUCAAGCAGGGGGCGGAGAACAUGAUCCAGAUGUACUCCAAUGGCUCCUCCAAGGACCGGAAAUUGUUAGCGACCGCUCAACAGAUGCUCCAGGACAGCAAAACGAAGAUCGAGUUCAUCAGGAUGCAGAUCCUCAAAGGCAGCCAGGCCAGCGAGUUGAGCUUCGACAACAACGACGUCAUGGCCAAGCCCAUCAUCAGCCCGUUGGACCUACGGGUGGAGGAGCUGUGUCACCACGCCAGGAUAGAGUCAGCCGUGGCCGAGGGUGCCAAGAACGUCAUGAAGCUUCUGGGCUCUGGCAAGGUCACGGAGAAGAGGGCACACUCAGAGGCCCAGGCCCGCUUCAACGAGUCCAGUCAGAAGUUGGACCUGCUCAAGUACUCCCUGGAGGAGAGGCUGAGCGAGCUGCCCAUAAACCACCCUCGCAGCAGCAGCAUCGUGGAGGAGCUGUCCCUCAUGGCCUCGCCCGCCCUCAGCCCGCGCUCCAGCAUCAUCUCCACCCAGAACCAGUACAGUACCGUGGCCAAGCCCGCUGCGCUCACAGGCACAUUAGAUGUCAGGCUCAUGGGCUGCCAGGACCUGCUUGAGAACGUUCCAGGUCGUUCAAAAGCUGGUUCCGUGCCAUUGCCUGGCUGGAGCCCCAGCGAGACCCGCUCCUCCUUCAUGAGCCGGGGGAACCGCAACCGAGGCGCCAGUGCACGGAACCUCUCGAAGAGUGAAGAUCUCUCAAAUGAGAUCAGUGCUGUGCUGAAGUUGGACAACACAGUGGUGGGACAGACCAGCUGGAGACCUGUCAGUAACCAGUCCUGGGAUCAGAAGUUUACACUGGAGCUAGACAGAUCUCGUGAGCUGGAGAUCUCUGUGUACUGGAGAGACUGGCGCUCGCUUUGUGCCGUCAAGUUCCUGCGACUGGAGGACUUCCUGGACAACCAGCGUCACGGCAUGUGUCUCUACCUGGAGCCCCAGGGAACCCUGUUUGCAGAGGUCACAUUUUUCAACCCUGUCAUUGAGAGGCGGCCCAAACUGCAGAGACAAAAAAAAAUAUUCUCAAAGCAGCAAGGGAAGACGUUCCUGCGUGCUCCACAGAUGAACAUCAACAUCGCCACCUGGGGCCGCCUGGUCAGGAGGGCCAUACCUACAGUCAGCACUAACUCCUACAGCCCACAGGUGCCUGAGAUCGGGCCCAGCAGUCUUCCGGGAUCUCCAACACCCACCAGUGACAUUAGUGACCCAUUGGUGACCAAGCUAGACUUUGACAAAGAGCCCACCUCAGGACCCAAGCACUACCCUGUACCCGCUGGCAUCAGAGAACCACUGGCACAGGACAACAAACUGCCCGACAAGGAGGAAGUACAGGAUGCACUGGCAUCGUUUGACUUCCUGAACAAGAGGAACAGCAUAGCGGUGAAGUCGUCUGAGCUAGAUAGACUAGACAAUGUAGUAGAGCAGGAGAUCCAGCCUCCAGACCUGGAGCUCACAGCCAUACAGAAUGACACAGAGAUAAGGGAAGAAGAACAAUUUCUGUUUAGUCUCAAAGACUUCAAAUGUGUUGCAGUCCUUGGUCGUGGUCAUUUCGGAAAGGUAUUGUUAGCCGAGUAUAAAAGCACGGGAGAGAUGUUUGCCAUCAAAGCCCUGAAGAAAGGAGACAUUGUGGCUCGUGACGAGGUGGACAGUCUGAUGUGUGAGAAACGUAUCUUUGAGACGGUGAACAGCGUGCGCCAUCCGUUCCUGGUCAACCUCUUCGCCUGCUUCCAGACGCAGGAGCACGUGUGCUUCGUCAUGGAGUACGCAGCCGGAGGAGAUCUGAUGAUGCACAUCCACGCUGACGUCUUCUCCGAGCCCAGGGCCAUAUUUUAUGCCGCUUGUGUCGUAUUGGGAUUACAGUUUUUACAUGAACAUAAGAUUGUGUACAGAGAUCUGAAGCUUGACAAUCUGCUCUUGGACACUGAGGGCUAUGUAAAAAUCGCUGACUUUGGCCUUUGCAAAGAGGGAAUGGGGUUCAGGGACCGCACCAGUACGUUCUGUGGCACGCCAGAGUUCCUGGCCCCCGAGGUUCUGACGGAGACGUCGUACACGCGUGCCGUGGACUGGUGGGGUCUGGGGGUCCUCAUCUUUGAGAUGCUUGUUGGAGAGUCUCCCUUCCCUGGGGAUGAUGAAGAGGAGGUGUUUGACAGCAUCGUCAACGAUGAAGUCCGCUACCCAAGGUUCCUCUCAACGGAGGCUAUCUCCAUCAUGAGAAGGCUUUUGAGGAGGAGUCCAGAAAGACGUCUGGGGGCAGGAGAGCGAGACGCAGAAGAAGUAAAAAAACAUCUGUUCUUCAGAAAUAUGGAUUGGAACGGACUACUGGCCAAGAAGGUUAAGCCUCCGUUCGUCCCGAUCAUCCAGGACUCCAACGAUGUCAGCAACUUCGAUGACGAAUUUACCUCAGAAGCGCCCAUCCUGACCCCGCCCAGAGAACCUAGGGCGCUCAGCGGGGACGAGCAGGACAUGUUCUCUGACUUUGACUACAUCGCAGACUGGUGUUAGCCCCCCCCUUCUCCCUCCUCAAAAACGCGUUGAACAAACACACAAUUGUGAGCUACAGUCAGUCAGCGCUGUCUACAAUUUUUUUAACGCCUCUUUUCCAAACCAACGUCGCAAGACAGGGGCACAAACGGCACUCUGCCAUUUAAAGACCACCACCCAACUCCACAACUGAACCCCCCUGGUUUAUUUUUUAACUAAAUUAGGAACAUUUUGCUUCUCUUUAGAAACUUUGGGAAAAAGAGGAGGAAGGAGGCCUCCAGCGCAUGUCGUGUCGAUUGUCUGACCACUGAGAAUGUUGUCAAGUGAACUCUGUCAAAGGAAAUGCCGGCAACAUAACAAUCAAUGUCACGGUUCGUUUUUUUGAUCAUGUACAGAAUAUUAUUCCUCUGUAUUUUUAACAAGUCAUUUCGCAAGCCCUCUGCCAUAACUAAAUGACUUAUCUCUCUGUAAGGGUUAACAUGUCUGCCAUGUUGUGUUACGAAUGAUGAGUGCUUUGAGCAUUUUAUCACUGAACCGUCACUUAAGGUAAAAGACAACAAACAUCUUGACUACUACUGCCUCUUCACUUGAAACCCAAGGAAGGUCUCCUUUUUAGUUUCUCCCCACACUUUUUUAAAAGAUGCCUUAAAAUCUUCCUGUUUCUGCUACCAAAGCUUAGAGCUAUGUCUACGAAUAGAGCCCAGAAAAGCUUUCUUUUUGAACAUAUGAUCAUUACACAAAAGCAGUGCGUCCAGUGUUAGUCCUCAUGGUAUUACAGAAACUAAAUCCCUCAUGUACUGUGACCAUGUCAGUUUUAUAUGAGCUUUAACUGUAUUGUUUAAGGGUAAUGUUUCUUUUUGUAGUGCUGUAUGGUUGUUGAAAUACAGUAUAAUUGAAGCGGUAGAACAUUUCUAGACUACACAGCAUACCACACGUCAAAGGAGACUGCACUGUUUUAAACGUGGUCAUUUGGAAGGAGCACACACUACGGAGACCUAUCUGACAUGGCUCCUUCUGGUGGAUUCCUAGCACCAAAAAGCAGUGGCCAUAUGUAUCAAGCGUCUCGGAGUAAAGUGACGAUUUAGGAUCCGUUUUGCCUUUUGGAUCAAAAUACAUAUUUUUACAUGGACAAGGGGACCUGAUCCUAGAUCAGUACUCUUACUCUGAGACCCUUGAUAUAUAUACGGCCCCAGAUCUCAUUCUUGAGGGAUAACAAUUCAUUCAGCUAGCAAUGUUUUACUCUUGUGUGUAGAAUCAAUUCCUCUAGCAUUUCUAAAAGAGUUGGUCAGUUCCAAUCGAAUCAGAAAAUGAAUUUAGUAUUUCUGUUGAAUUUCCAUUCACUCCCUAAAUUGACUGAGUUGAAAUGGAAUUGAUCCCAACUUUGAUACUGCAAUCAUUCUCUUAACUGAAGAAGAUACAAGAGCCAGAAGAUUUCACAGCCUGCAAAGAUUAGACUUGGUCAAAUGAUGGAUCUGAAGUGACUGAUACAGUACAGCUGAUUACCAAAACCCAUCCCUCCAGUCCUGACAGUGGGACUAUGGAAACCAUAAUGACAGAGUGAACCUAUGUGUAGGGAGAAGUUGCCUCUAGGUUAAAGUUAGGAUUGGGGAAGGGUAACCUAAUCCUAGGGGAAACUACUCUGGAGCGUAAACUAAACUCAGUGCCAGUUUGUGCAGACAAUAUGUAAAUUAAUCACUACAGGGGAGGGCAGGGUAUAUUAUAUAUAUGUACACACAAUUAAACUGAAAGCACUAAUUUUAUCAAUAUAUUUUUUAAUGAUCUAUGUUUAGCGUAAUUAUGAAAAUAGAUUGUACAGUUUUGGGGGGGCUGUUUGAGCAUGUUACAAAGACAGACAAGCUUUCUUUAUGGUACACGACAUUGAAGUUACACAAGACUGUUGAACCUGGUGUAAAGAAGCAUUUUGCAGUCGUCGUAUGUCGCCUAUCAUGAAUGCACAAAUUAAACAUUGUUAGAGUGGUGCUA